AAGGUGCAAUAUUCUAUUUAAAGUGUAGAAUAAGUGUAAAGUAACACAAACUGGAAAGUAAUACUCAAAUAAAGUACAAGUGCUUUUUGCACUUGAGUAAAUGUAGCCUACACAUAUUCUUAGUAGUACUACUAUUACUAGGAGUUCUUAUUACUACUACUCACAUCGAGGCAGGGAUUGCACAUUUUUCCUGAUUUUAUUUUGAAAAAUGCCGGACAUGAAAUACUGUUCUAUGCUUGCUAGCUACGUAAUGCUAGCUCAUUCUGUUGCCUCUCCUGCAUCUUCCUCCCCGACCAAAGACAGCCAAACACAAGACGCUGCAUUUACCCGGUUCAUUAUAAGUCUGUAGUCCUGUUUCUGUUAUUUGUUUAAGUAAUGUAGAAUGGCGUCGUGUUUUGGGAAGAUUGUCGUUGGUACUUAUGUGGAGAUAAAGCGCAGUGAUGGACGUAUACACCAGGCAAUGGUGACCUCGCUGAAUGAGGACAAUGAGAGCGUCACAGUGGAGUGGAUAGAAAAUGGAGACACUAAAGGGAAAGAGAUUGACUUGGAGAGUAUAUUUGCACUUAACCCAGAUGUGGCUCCAGAUGAGGAACUUGCCCCCAGUCCAGAGACUCCACCCCCACCUACACCCACAUGUGUGAAGGUCAACAAAAUUGCUAAGAACCGUCGGACCAUAGCACCUAUAAAGAAUGACACUCCGUCCAGAGAUAACAGAGUGAUUCCAACCCGGGCCAGACAACCUCAGCCUCCACCACCAGAGCCUGCACCCCCACCACCACCACCACCCCCAUCUCUGCAGCCUACACAGCUCACUCAAGCUCAAACACAACAGCAACUGCAGAAUGAAUCCUCACAUCAUCCACUAUCCAGAAAGGAGCUUGGACAGCUUUCAAGGAGGAAGUCAAACUGCGUGAAGGAGGUUGAGAAGCUGCAGGAGAAGAGGGAGAGGCGCCGGAUUCAGCAACAGGAGCUCAGGGAGAAGAGAGCUCAGGAGGUGGAUACCACCAUCCCUAACUAUGAGAUCAUGUACAUGAUCCGAGACUUCCGAGCCAGUCUAGACUACCGGCCCCUGACCACAGCAGAUCUGAUUGAAGAACACAGAAUAUGCGUUUGUGUGAGGAAGCGUCCACUCAACAAGAAAGAGUUGGCCAUGAAGGAUUUGGAUGUGAUCACCAUCCCCAGUAAAGACGUGGUGAUGGUUCAUGAACCUAAACAGAAAGUGGACCUGACCCGCUACCUGGAGAACCAGACCUUCCGCUUUGACUACGCCUUUGAUGACAGCACCACCAAUGAGAUGGUUUACAGGUUCACUGCCAGACCUCUAGUGGAGACCAUUUUCGAGAGAGGCAUGGCCACGUGCUUUGCUUACGGGCAGACAGGCAGUGGAAAAACACAUACUAUGGGUGGAGAUUUCUCUGGGAAGAAUCAAGACUGCGCUAAAGGAGUUUAUGCAUUAGCUGCUCGGGAUGUAUUUCUCAUGUUGAAGAAACCCAACUACAAGAAGUUAGAUCUACAAGUGUACGCAACCUUCUUUGAAAUCUACAGCGGAAAGGUGUUUGACCUUCUGAACCGUAAAACUAAGCUGAGGGUGCUGGAGGACGGGAAACAGCAAGUGCAGGUUGUGGGACUUCAGGAGAAGGAUGUCAAGUGCACAGAGGAGGUCUUGAAACUCAUAGAAGUGGGCAACAGCUGCAGAACAUCAGGGCAGACAUCAGCCAACGCCCACUCAUCUCGCAGCCACGCCGUUUUCCAGAUAAUUCUUCGCAGGAAGGGGAAGAUGCACGGCAAGUUCUCCCUCAUCGACCUCGCAGGUAACGAGAGAGGGGCUGAUACAUCGAGUGCUGACCGCCAAACUCGCCUGGAGGGAGCAGAGAUCAACAAAAGCCUGCUCGCCCUAAAGGAGUGUAUCAGGGCUCUUGGCCGUAACAAGCCUCACACUCCAUUCAGGGCCAGUAAGCUCACCCAGGUCCUGAGGGACUCUUUCAUCGGGGAGAAUUCACGCACGUGCAUGAUUGCAACAAUUUCUCCUGGUAUGACAUCCUGCGAGAAUACCCUCAACACACUACGCUACGCCAACAGAGUGAAGGAGUUUGGGAUUAGUCCGUCGGACAUCCCCUUCUCUCAGGGCGGUCAGGGCAGUCGCUCUGAGCUCUCGCCUACCAAUACCUUUGAGUAUGAUGACUUUGCUGCUACCUCUCCCAGCAGGGUGAAGGAGCUGUCGGUGGAUGCCAACCAAGGGAUGGAUGGGGGUCGACCCAACAUCCACGCUGUCAACCAGCUGGAACUUCUGGACGGGGACUGGCUGAGUAUUUCGCCGCAGAGAGACGACCUCAAACUGCUCUGUGAGCAGAAUGAGGAGGAAGUGUCUCCCCAGCUAUUUACCUUCCACGAGGCAGUGUCUCAGUUAGUGGAGAUGGAGGAGCAGGUCCUGGAGGACCACCGAGCUGUUUUCCAGGAGUCUAUCCGGUGGUUAGAAGAUGAAAAGGUGCUGCUGGAGAUGACGGAGGAGGUGGAUUAUGACGUGGAGUCGUACGCUACUCAACUGGAGCAGAUUCUUGACCAGAAGAUAGAAAUCCUCACUGAGCUCCGAGAUAAAGUGAAGUCAUUCCGCUCUACACUCCAUGAGGAGGAGCAAGCCAGUAAGCAGAUCAAUCCCAAGAGGACACGUGCUCUUUAGAGACUGAAGAGUUUAAGUGGCACAUACGGAAGCAUAACCACUAGAUGUUCGGCACAACUCGAGCUGUCUCUAGCAGCUGUGAAAAUACGAAUAAAAGGACUGUCUGAUGUACCAACAGGCUCAAGGAAUUGCAUUUGUUAUGAUCCCUCUCCUUACAAAACUCUGUUCACUCACUAUGGUCUCGUUAGAAAACUUAGGAAGGAAAACGUUUUAUUUCCUUCGUGGAGAAUGUCUAGUCUCCCCUCUGUCCUUUUUAAAUUAUUUUCUUUUAUACUUGUGUGUACUUUCUUUGAACAGAAUAUUUCUGACCUGGUUUCAGAAGAGAUAUUAUUUGAACAUGUUUUUAAGGUUUACCGCACAAAACCAGUGUUUGAGUUUUGUUUUCCCUGGCUGACAUAUCUGCAUGUGCACUCUGUGAUAGCGUAUGUACGCCACUGUCCACGGUUUUCAUGCUUUUUUGAUCCUCAGUUAGCAUUGUACAGUCAUCUCAUUGAAAGCGGUCUCUUAUCUGUUUUCCUUCCUUCUCAGAGCUUUUACCAGUUUGGAAGAAGCCUUUAACCCCACUGCUUCUUCCUUUGUUUCUUUCCUUGUGCCCCUGAGAGGUUUUUACAUGUAGUUUGCUUCAGUCUGUGCCAUGUCGCUCUGUGGCAACCGACUCUAAAACGUACCUAAUGUAAACAUGUUUUCCACCCGUUUAACACUUUGUUAUAAAACUGAAACUAGAAAAAACGGUUAAUGUAUAGUGAAGACCGCUGAUCCUCCAUCAGUUAUGUUUCUCAGUGUUUGCACCGGAUGUAAUGCUGGAUGAAGUAAUAAAGAUUCAUGUUUCAUUGAAA